AUAUCUCAAAGGCGAGAAGGAAUCUCCGGAUGCUCCCACGUCGUACGACGAGGCGAUGGAGGCCUUGUCUUCUUUGAUAACCAAGCGGAGUCGUGGCAAUAACAGCAACAAAGGAAAUCAAUUCGAUUUGCUCUUCCAUUACCUGAAGAUUCUGGAGCUGGAGGAUGCAUUGGAUGAUUUGAAGAUUGUUCAUGUGGCAGGCACCAAAGGAAAGGGUUCCACUUGCACCUUCACGGAGUCUAUACUGAGGAAUUGCGGGUUUCGAACUGGGCUUUUCACCUCACCUCACCUCAUUGACGUCCGAGAAAGGUUUCGUUUGGAUGGUGUUGAUAUAUCCCAGGAAAAGUUUUUGGCCUAUUUCUGGUGGUGUUUCAACAGAUUAAAGGUGAUUCUUGUUGGACUUUUUUCUCUUCAGAAAGAUUUAAAGUUUACUGGUCUUGUUCAUAUGAGAGUUCCUUAUCAAAUUGGCCACUCAAUGUCAACAUGAAUGAGAGAGAUACGUUAUCCUUCUCUUUUUGGCUUUUGUGAUUUAAUAUUUUAUUUGUUAAGGUUAUUAAUUUGGUCCUGGCCUAUGAAACAUGUGAGAAUAAAGAAAGGCUAGUGGAAAACAUUUCUUUUCUGUAACCUUGUGGACUUAAGAUAUUUCAACUGGAGUAUCUAUUUGAAAUAGCAUUGCCCUCUGUGGUUGAACUAACUCUUCCUCUAUUGGUAUCAGACUACUUGUUUUACAUUGAUUUUGUAUCAUAUCCAUGCUGCUGAAUUUGGAAGGUAUGGGCAGGAAAGAACAACUGAAGAUGUACCAAUGCCUCCUUUGUUUCGUUUUCUUACGCUACUUGCCUUCAAGAUCUUUUCUGCAGAGCAGGUUCUUGUUGCUCAUUAUAUUUUGAUAUGUGGGCCAAGGGGUUUAAGUGUGAUUUUUACCUUUUAGAUUCCUGUUUUUUGCUCUGCCAAACUCAUAAGCUUGAGUUCUUUUCUUUGUAUUCAUGCUUCAAACAGGGGACACCCUUGGAAAAAUUGCUGGUGAAAAAGCUGGUAUUUUAAAGCGUGGCAUUCCUGCUUUUACAGUGCAACAACCUGAGGAAGCAAUGUGUGUCCUUGAAGACAAAGCUUCCAAUUUAAAUGUUGAUCUUCAAGUUGUACCACCUUUGGAUGUCAAUUUGCUAAAUGGCCAAAAACUUGGCCUUGAAGGUGAGCACCAAUAUGUUAAUGCUGGUCUUGCCAUUGCGCUUUCUUUCACUUGGCUGAAGAGGACAGGUCAUCUUGAACUUGCCAACCAGGACCACACUGACUCACUGCCUGAGCAGUUCAUUAAGGGGUUAACAGCAGCCAGUUUCCAAGGCCGGGCCCAGAUUGUCCCCGAUCAAUAUGUAGAUAGUGAAAAGGAUGGGGAUCUUGUCUUUUAUUUGGAUGGUGCUCACAGUCCUGAAAGCAUGGAAAUCUGUGCAAAAUGGUUUUCUGGUGCUGUUAAAGGUGAGCACCAAUCUGAUAAAGCAAAACCACAAGUGAGUUCAUCCACACAUCAAUUAAAGAAGAAUAUCAUGCAGGUAAGCAUCAACGUCCAUCCCUUUAAUCAAUGUGCUCUCCAUGAGAGCAAGCUCCUGUCUGAGAUACUUUUGGCAACGCUGAAAUCAUCCAGUUCUUUGGCAUUCAUGCAGAUAUUGUUAUUCAACUGCAUGACAGUACGGGAUCCUGAGCUGCUUCUGCCACAAUUGAUGAAAACAUGUGCUAGUCAAGAUGUCUACUUCAAGAAGGCACUGUUUGCCCCAAAUAUGUCGGUGUACCAUAAGGUUGGAACUCAUGCUUUGCCAUCAGCUGUUCCUGAAGCUGAUUUGUCAUGGCAGCUCACUCUUCAAAGAGUGUGGGAUAACACCAUGCAGAAGGAUAAAGGAAGGGAGGCCAAGCAAGUAAAUCAUGUGGCCGAGGAAAUGAAGGACGAUACAGGAAAAGGUGGUGGGAGUCAUGAGAGCAGUAGUGUAGUUUUUCCUUCUCUCCCCUUAGCUAUCAAAUGGCUCAGGGACACUGUUAGACAGAAUCAAUCUGUUCGCCUCCAGGUCUUAGUUACUGGUUCGUUGCAUCUCGUGGGUGAUGUACUGAAACUAAUCAGGAAGUAGAGUGUCCCUCUUGACCAUUCAUUCUUGAAAGAUUUCUUUCUGAUUUGGGCGCUUCGAACACAUCUUCCAAUUAAAAGUGAAGUAUAGCUGGAUGUGUUUUCCCAACUAAAGAAGUCCCCAGCCUGCCCCGAAUUAUGCAUACAUUGGAUACAUACCAUGCCACAGAUCGACUGGCCGGCAAGGAAAGUUGGUGUACAGUACUUCAGCUGGUCUGGAUUGCUUUGAAGCAUGGUAUCGUCAACCAAUAGUGCAUGCCCCUAUUGUUGUCAGACAUUCUGACAGUUUAGCGAUUAUCGUUGCAAGUUCUAGAAUGAUAACGUUGCGGGAACUUCUGUAUUUAAUUUGUGUAACAUUUGUAUCUCUUGAACGUGCUCCAAAACAAUAAAUAUCAUGUUUUACUCUUGGCUUCAGAUUGCUAAUGGUAUGUCUUUGCCAUCCUACAAAGUAGAGAUAUGAAUUCUCCUUAGAAAUGAGACUUCAAAUUCAUUCUAGUGCAAGAUCUGAG